GACCAAGAAAAUAUGCAUGAACCCAGAUCGUCUGCGGUUCUUGUCGGUCGCCGCCUACGUGUCGAUUCCGAUCGACACAUUGUUAUCGGCGCUUCAGCACCUCGACCACGAGGGCAAUUGCCUCAUGGACUGUGUCACAGUCGUUGGGAGCCCUGUGUAUUUGUGCCAGCGGCGACUGGGCGACAUGGCGUGCAACCCCUUCGGCGCAGAGUCCGAUGUCGCGGCGCUCUUGACGCAUUUCGCUUCCGACCAGCUGACGCAGCGCCGCGUGUUCAGCAUGGCGCUUUGCGCUGGGGGUCAGGCGUGGUGGCGCUUGUAUUGCAUCGAGCAGUUCCCGCUGGCGCUGGCCGCGUUUGGCCAUCCCGCGGCAACCAGAGAACAGCGUCGCAGUGUGUGCUCUGCACUUUUCUCAUGCUCGCCGUGCUGCCUGGACGCGGACUUCUCGAUGAAGUUGCGCGCGCUCUUCGACGAUUCCAACGUCAUGGCCGACGACGUCGAGUUUAGGCGCGCAGUGAGAUUGUGGGGGGCGAGUGCCAGACUGACGAACAUGCACCUGGAGCGGGACCUCGCUGCCGACAAGCUCCGCGUCGGCAUGCGCGGCAAGACUGGCGCAGGCUGCCCCGCCGUCGAGCGGUUCAUAUCUGUGAGUUUCUUGGGAGAG